CAUCAUGCGUUUUGUCUUCGAUUCUUCUCUUCAUUGGAAUAUUUACGAAUAAUCGAAAAUUAUUGGUUCCCUGGAUGUGUUCCUUGUCAGUAACUACUUUGACGGACGUUAUCAUGUGUUUCUACAUGUUUACCCAAGCGAGCUACAACCCUCUCUUAGGAAUAAUUUUUAUCGUGGAUGUGUUCAUUUGCUCGUUGAACGUUUAUUGCUUGCUAUGUGUUUCUUCACGAUAUCAGGAACUUUCGUUGGAACUCUAUACUACUAAGUUUGAAGAGGAUCGGAGGGCUAUUUCUCUACGUCAUCAAGGAUCGAUCAAAGUUCGAACCACUGACUCCUCAUUAAACAAAUCGACUGCUCUUAUAGACGAUGGUUCUUCUUUGGGGAUUUAUCUCCUUCCGAGCAGCCAAAGAAAAGGAUCGACAUCACCAAAGAGUCAGUUACUUACGGAAUUAAGUACCAUUUCAGAAGAACGAAGCUUUUCGAAUUUCAAUCGGAAGCCGAGUACUGACGUCAGUUCCGUUAAUCUUGAUAGUCAAAUGUUGUCGCCUUCUACGUGUAAACGACCUUUCUCUGUAAAUUCUUCAUCCCCGACUCACUCGAUUGAACUCUACUCUGAAAUUGGAUCUGAAAACAAAAAUGAAUGUUUGAGUUUCUCAACAAAGGAUGGUCACUUAUGCCCACGAAAUACAGGGAAUGGGCCGGUCUACUGCUCACAGUUCGAACUUGUUACUUUUUCCAUAUCUGAAGAGCCUACUGAGUCUCACCUUUAAUGUACACGGUAUUAUCAAGUCAAUGUAAAGCAGUUAAACUGUCCUAAUGUACACGUUUUCAACAGGUCUGUGUAAAG